AUGGCAUCCGUCGACCCAAUACAAGAGGCCUUUACGCAAGCAAAACAAGCCUUUUAUAACAAGAUCAAAGACAGAGGCCAAUAUAAAGAGAUUUUGACAACAACUACAAUGGACGAUGUUUACAAAACGGCCACCAAGCUCCAGGAAGAAGUAUCGGCGAAGAAUAGGGGACUUCGAUAUUUGAAGAAGAUUGAACCUUUCCUAAGCCGCCUGAAGUCGUUUGAUUCAGUGAUCGACACGGGGGUUUCAGCGAAGCCUGAAGUGCUUGCCCUGAUAUGGGGCCCUCUCAAACUUUUAUUGAUCUGGUCAUGUGAACUGAACGCUGCGCGCGACAAGAUUGCCGAUACAUUAGUCAAAAUUGCAUACACUCUGCCACAGUUUGAUGUAGUGGUACAAGUGUUUGAGGAUUACGAGAUGGUUAAGACUGCAUUAGCCUUGGUCUAUGAAGAUAUUCUUGACUUUUACCGAGUCAGCUUUGAUUUCUUUCAUAUAAAAAUGUGGAAGGAACUGUUCAAACCUUUAUGGCCAAGCCAUGAAACAAAGAUCGAUCUGGUGAUUGAAAAUCUUAAGAAGCACUCCGAUCUAUUGAGAGAUGAGGUGACUGUUUUGGACAUCAAAGAAGCACGAGAGGCUCGGGCUCGGUCUUUUGAGCACUUUGAUAAAACGAAGACUUUUCAGGAACGUCAGAAAUUUGAAAUACUGAGAGCUCGCAUUCUUCCGAGCACAUAUGAUGGUCGACUUGACUGGCUACGCAAUAGGUCUGUUGCAGGUUGUGCAAAAUGGCUUUUCCGUGACAAGGAGUUUUGCGAAUGGCUUGAUUUCUCAAAGAAAACUGCGACAUGGUUCUGGCUACACGGUAUACCUGGUGCAGGAAAGACAUAUUUGUGUGCUGCAGUUCUAGACCACGUACGGAAGCAACAUCGAACGCUCUUCGCAUUCGUGAGCCACACGGAACCCAAAAGUCACAUGGCUAUUUCUCUUUUUCAUUCAUUUAUAUUCCAAGCCGCAGAUGAAGACGAUAAAUUUCAACAGCUUUUGCUUGAAUCGAAAGAGCGAGAACUUCGCGGUAACACAGCACAUGCUUCCGAACUGCUGAAAACUUUCCUCCAAACGAAUGGGCAUACUUAUAUCAUCAUUGAUGGAAUUGAUGAGAUGGAGGGAGGGGAGCGUCAUAUUCUUUUGCACCGUUUGAAUGAAUUGUCCAAAGACUGUGACGAUGUGCGAGUUCUUAUUUCCAGUCGAACAGAGGACGACAUUACUAGGUGGAUCGAACCAAAAGCUACCGGAAUUCGAGUCGACCAUAGGAAUUCAGGAAGCAUCCAAAAAUAUGUUGACCAGAGGUCUCAAACUUGGCUCGCCAAAUAUUAUCCCGACUCGAACGCGGACUCGGACAUUAACGGUCUCCUCUACCCCUUGUCGGCAAACGCCGAAGGUGAGCCCUAG